UCACUAUAUACUUUGUUUAGGUUGGUUGGACGAAGUGGCCCGAGCAUACUCUGGGGUGGACGAAGACGCUAUGUCGGCCCAUUGGACCGAUCGUAGUGGCGUGGUUGUGGUUGUACGUGAGCUUCCUCAAAUCAACGCGAGGUGAUUAGAAGAAGCGAGACGAGGAGACUCCGGGAGUGGAGUUCCCGGCGGUAGACAAUUCGCCGACGGAAACAGAGAAGACCCGAUGCAUGAUGUCUGUCGCAGCAUCAGUAUUAGAUCAGCAUCUUCGUCUUUUCACGCUCGUCCAUCAAUACCUAGUCAUCCUCGCCACGGCGGUAUAGCCUCACGAUGUCGUCGUCGUCGUUGUCUGUGCCGGUGGUGUCGCAGCUGCUGCUCGCCGCGGGCCCUCGAGACGAUCCCUCUUCCACCCUCCUCGAGCGCCUGCAGGCCGUGCCCUAUCCUCCAGGUCCUUCCUCGUGGCCUGCACCGCUAGAUCGGAUUGGAAACUCGACAUACGAGUGGUCCUUGCAGGCUUCGGUUCCCAUCGUCUUCUCACUGGUCUACUAUGUUGUAGCACACGCAGCGAAUCACUUCUUCGCCGAGGAGCACAAGGGCGGACCCGCGAAUGGCAAAGCCGCCAGCAGGGAUCUCACAAAAGGCAGCAGUAUCUUUGCGAGUUUCUUGAGGCUCCUAGUGAUCCUGCACAAUGCUUUCUUAGCUUUGUACAGCGCAUGGACCUUUUACCAGAUGCUCCCCGUAGUCCUUCGCUCCUUCCUUGUGGGGUAUCGAGCUGCUGGGCUCCCCGGUAUGAGGCUCGCUCUCUGCUCUAUGCCGACCAACACCGUCACGCUUGCUCCAUAUGCCUGGCUUUUCUACAUGUCAAAGUACUACGAGGUGAUAGACUCGGCCAUUCUCGUCCUCAAGGGCAAAGUUGUUUCGAACCUCCAGUCCUACCAUCACGCUGGGGCUCUCCUAGCCAUGUGGAUUGCUUACAGAUACCAAGCCACGCCGGUCUGGGUCUUCGUCACUUUCAAUUCGGGCGUACACACAGCCAUGUAUACUUACUACCUCUGUGCAGCUAUGAAGUGGCCGUUCCCCCGCCAGCUCAAGAGGAACCUCACGACGCUGCAAAUCCUUCAGAUCACAUCAGGAGUGGUGAUCACAAACCUUUACUGGGUCUCUACGCUACACCCUCGGAGCAUGCUCAUUGGCCUGUCCAAGCUCGGCUUUCUAGACGCUGUAAAGGGCAAGUCGGCGGACGAGAUUCUACAGCACGUCUUGUCCGUGGCCCCGCCGCUAUCGAGCUCUUCCUCCUCAACAUCCUCGUAUUCGCCCGGGAGGGAGCUCUUUCAAUCGGCUGCAGCACGGGCCUCGUCGCGCCUCCCGGGGCAGUGUCUCGAAUACGCGGGAUCGGGCCUCGCUCUGCAUUUCAACACAGCCUAUAUGCUCCCUCUGAUCAUACUCUUUUUAAGAUUCUUUGUACGCUCAUACAGCAGACAAAGAACGACUUCUGCUACGUCUAGUGUGCAGAGGGCAGAAAGCGCAGCGGAAGAGAAGAUGAAGAAGCUGGAUAGCGGGCCGCGUGAAAAUGGCGUGGCCAAGGCGAGCGGGGUGUUUGCCAAUGGCGGCUCCAAUCGUAAUAGUAAGAAGCGAUGAGUAGAUGAGUCGGUAUGCCUCUCAUUGGCUCCUCCAUGCUGGUGGAGCGGUACCCAUGAGAAUCUGGGUACUGAAGUGGAGUUGGGAAAUCCCCGGACAAUGCCCCAAGGAA